ACUCGCCUUUCAUUUGUUUCUCUUUUGGAGCGCUCGUAUUUGUUGUACAAUCCGUUAACUCUUACAAAAUUACACACGUUUUACACUUAAUGAUAAACUAUGAAAAGAAAAAUCAUAAAAAGUUAAUUGUAGAUUGCAGACAUAUGUUGUUCUGAUUAAACCUUCUAAUGGAAAUGCAUAUUUACUUUUAUUUCCAAUUAAUUAUCUCCUUACAAGUGUGCCUAAACCAAGUACUACGACCUGAUGCCGCUAAUGUGGUGCCCUUUGCACCCGCAACACCACCGUUACCAUCGAAAUGCGCGCCCAAAUCCUCUACAAGUGUGCCGAAAAAUGCAUUGCAAUUUCGUUUACCUUUCAUGGAUAUGAAUAUUCAAAAUGAGCGCAACUUACAUAUUAUGCAGGAAAUCUCGACUGAACAAAUUUUCAUCCUGCAUGGCAACGAGUUAUAUACACUGAUCGUGAGCGGAGUGGAAAAGCGUUUAUCCUUGGCUGGCGUGUUGGCUGGUGGUGUGCGGCAACAUGAACCCAUAGCAGCGGAGGUGAUUGCUUGGCGCAAUUAUUUGCUGCUUGUUGUGGCUUUGGAAGAAUAUUUGGAGAUUUAUCAAUUGAAUGCCGUUGUAUUGGCGCAAAACGCUGAGGCGGCAAAAUUAUUCCAAGUUAAUAAGGACACUAUAACGAAUUUCGAACCAAUACAACAGCUAACCAUAAAUGGUAGAUUUCGUAAACUUUUCCUCUUCAGUGCUCAUGAGGGACAAAUCAUGCUUUUAACGGCCGUGAAUUACACAAAACUACAAUCAAAAUUACGUACUUAUGAGUGGUCGAAUACCUUCUUUGAGUUGGUGGAAGAUCUUACAAUACCAGCUAUACACGUGUUGAAAGUAAUUGGCACCACACCGAAAUUUUUGCUUAGUGGACGUCUUAUAAAACAUCAGGGACGGACUAUAGUCGUUGUUUAUGAAGUUAGCACAACCGAUUUGCAUUUACGCAAUCGUCAAACACUCACGAUACCCUCGACCAUCAUACAUGCUUACACUUUUCAUGGACGAAAUUAUCUGAUUGGAUGUGCGGCACAACAGCAGAAAUGCAAUAGUUUUUGGAUGAAGCGUGAUGAGACACAAUUCUCACUCUAUCGAAAUUUUAACGGUAAAGAAUUGACCUUCGAACGCUUCGGCGCGGGAAAGCAUUUUUUGGUUGGUACAAACCAGAGAGCUGUUAAUGCUUAUCCGAACGCGCGUAUGGACUGCUAUGCGAGCUACACGGCAAAAGAAAGCGAUGUCAGUCAAAUAAUAACCCAUGUGAGUGCGCAGAAUGAAUCGUUUGUAUUGCUGAGUUACCGGCGACCGUUUAAUACUUUGUUGCGUAUUUUCGAGGUUAUCACAGCGGAUGGCCAGAGUUUGGGUGCGCCAUUGGCAAUGAAUGAAACUCUGCUCGAAGAUUUCAAUAUACUACAACUACACCGACACGAGUUCGAAGGAACCGUGCAACGUCUUCGCAGUUUGUUGUUGCAACGUAAAGCCGCUAUGGACACCUUUCGGAAAGCUGCACUUAUUUUACGUCCUAAAAUUAAGACAUUGAAAGCGCCUCAUCCGGUCCGGCUGCAAGCGGGCAAUGUAGGGAUUAUUAAAAUUGUGGCUGAGUCGCUACAGAGUCCACUGCAAUUAUUGAGGCGUGUGGAGGAGUUACGUGCGCCCCAACGUAGUGCACGUUUCAUGCGAGCAGUACACCAAAAACCUGGCUUCGUAUUAGAUAUCCCGCCUGUGGCACGGAUUCGUCGCCUGCAUGUCGGUAAUCUUUUGUACAAUGGCUCACUUCUACCCGGUUUCCACUUGGAUAAUACAUCAAGUACUCGACAACCUGUUCUCUCCAUACGCUCCGCAAUACGCACCAAAGUGCUGAGCACAUCGCAGUUACUGACACGGCAAUCGUUUCGAACUCGACGUGAGAAUUCUGAAGAAUCUCGCAAUGCGCCUAUCAUGGUGGGCGAACUAAGCGUGGAGCGCAUCAAUAAUGUUUCAGUAAAUGAGUUUUUCAACUCGUUGUUUUUACGUAAUCGCGAUCGUAAACUGAAAGGUGUUCUAAAAUUGCAAGGUGAAGCGAAAGUGGACUCCCUAUGGACACCAAUACUAAAUGAUUUAGUGGUUGCCCAACUUUUCAACCUGAAGGAGCCACAGGUAGUAAGCUCGAAAAUGAUGAUAGACACAAUAAAUGCGAAGGAAAUGCAGGCGAAUUUGGUAAAUGGCUUAAAUUUCACCGAAGAUAUAGCGUUUAGUGGCCGAGAUGACUUAAUUGAAGGUCCAAUUGAAAUGAAAAAAAUGAGCAUAGCCGGUGAUCUAAUAGUUGAUUACCAACCGAAAGUGGAGCGUAGCAACGAUGAUACGAAAUUACAGUUUCAUCAGUUCUACACAGGCAAAGUAAUCAUUAACGGCACUUUAACGGUGGAUAAUUUGGAACUUGAUAACAGCCUGUCAACGGAGGUUUUUGUGAAUGGUCAAGCUUUUGACAAGUCGACAUUGAGAGAGACUUACUUGCUACAAAAUACACCUCAGAAUAUACGCGCAGCUAUUCAUUUUGGUAAUGCUAAAGUAACCAUACCUAAAUUUACAACCACAUUUUUAAAUGACCACCACACCGCACAACAUUUACUCGCCAGUGGUCACCAAAUGUUAGAGACGCCACUUUUACUCAUAUUUAUGCAAGCCCAAGUAGAUGGUGACGUUAUCUGUAAGGCAUAUAAAUCAAAUUUACUGGAAUUAUCCGAGGAUGUCGUGCGUCGUGGCGACUCAGAAAUUAUAACCGGUUUCAAGAUAUUCCAGUCACCACUCACCGUGGAACACCUAACGGCAGCAAAGUUAAAAAAUUUGUCCACAAGUGACUUGGUUAUGAAGUCGCAACUGAAGAGUGAAUACCAUUUCUUUGGUAAAAAAUCUUUCGAUAGAUUCGUGGUUACCAAGAACACAUUUGUGGAACAGCAUUUAAAUUACACUUAUUUGAAUGGCAUAAAUUUAAAAGCACCAUUAAAACGGGAUCAUUUUUUCAAGCACCUGUAUAUGCCAUAUCAACUACAAGCAACAAAUAUCGUCCUACAUAAGAUCAAUGGUAUCUCCUUCGAUAAGAUCUUCGACAGGUUGUCCGUGGAGAAUGAGAAGCUUGUGCUGCAUAAAGAUUUAUUAGUCAAGGGCAAUGUGGAAUUCCUCGAAAACUUGCAAGUGGAUAACAUAAAUGACAUAAAAUGGAUGGACUAUGUUGCGGAUUUAGUGCGCAACAAUGAGAAUGCGGUAAUAAAUGGUUCCACAGUAUUUAUGCAAGGACUGACUGUGAAAAAUAUGCUAAAAACGCCUCUAAUAAAUAAUAUUGAUAUGCGUGAUGUCUUCAGCAAUGUCCUCUUAAAGUCCAAACCUCAGCAAAUAACUGGCAACUAUACUUUUGGCAAUUUGCGCUUAACCAAUCUUGACGUCAAGACUAUAAAUGAUGAAUCCACAAAGACUUUUAUCGAUACGCGCACAGAAGAGGUUGUCUUAGCAGGUGAUCUAAUCUUAUCAAAGCUCACUGUACAAGGCGAUGUGAAUGGCAAAUUCGAGAACUCGUUUCGUUACACUUCCCUCAAUGAGCAACUGCAGCAGCUACCACAGCGACGUUGGCGCAAUCUGAUUGUGCAUGGUAAUGCUUAUUGGAAUGAGUCUGCUGCCAGCAGCACGAAACAAUACGAGCUGCUGCAAUAUCUUUAUAGACAUGCGGUGCGACGCAGCGGCGAUCAAGUAAUUUCGGGUACUGUCUAUAUGACACAGCCCAUCAUAAGUAGAAUGUGUACGCGCACCACAUUUCCUAAAGGCGUGGAUCUAAAAUACAUAGCGCGUGAUUGCCUGUUAAAAAAUACUACCGCACCGCAGACCAUUACCAGCGGCAAGUUGUUUCAUAAACCGUUGCGUUUACAGCGUGCUUUGGUCAAUGGUCCAUUGCGUGUUACUACAUUGAAUACGAUAGAUGUGCAACGUUUUCAUGCGUCCCUAUAUCGCGUUUCUAGUGACAUGCCGAUCGAAGGUCCCUUGUAUUUCAAAAUACCACCCAUCGUCGGACAACUGCUAGUGCAGGGUCUCGUUAAUGGCAUGCCUACCUCGCAGAUAUAUACCACCUCGAAUGGUUUGAUGCCGCCAGUAAAGAUGUAUAGCUUAGUGGUUGAUGAGAAUAUAGAAAUUGGUGAUGUGAACGAUUUGAGUCUUGAUUAUUUGCUGUCGAAACGCGUAAAGCUGAACGGCGAACCGCAGAAUGUAGAAGGCUUCUUGGUAUUUGAAAACCUGAUUUUAAAUAAUGAAAUUUUGCUGCAGUCAAUAAACGGCAUACCGGUCGAUGAUAUGGUGUUCAAGGAAAGUGGCCAUGUACAAGUGAUUGAUGGACAAAAGUUGGUUGAAGGCAAUCUAAUUUUUAAUGGACCUGUGCAUGUUUUAAAUUUGAAUGGCGAACGUUUGGUAGAUAUGUAUAAACAGAGCAUUCUCACAGCGGCUAACUAUCAUUUCGACAAUCUCACCAUUGACCAAGGCACAUUUGUAAAGGGGUUGGUGCUCGUUGGCAACAUGCCGAUGAAAUCUAAGCUUAGAACUAUGCAAACUGGUGAGACAAGUGAGAAACUUUCAGAUAUGCUACAAGUGGAGGCCGAUCCAGAAGAUGUCAUUGACCUGGAAGAUAAUGACGCCUACCGCGAAGAAUUAACCGAUGCGGUGGAUGAGUUGUCCAAACUGCUUAGCACACAGAAUGCAUGUUUGAGCCAACACAACAAUGUCAGCCAGCAACAUUUGCUUUAUCUGGAUUUCGACUUCAGCACGGAGGUUCUGAAACAUUAUGCCAACGAAAGCGUGGAUGAGACCUUUCUCACUAAUCUGCAGCACAUUUCUAUGUGCGAGCAUCGAUUGCUACAGGUGCAGUUCGCUGCAGAGAGCCGUCGUCUGUUCAUCACCAAUGUUACCAGCAGCUACUUGACGGCGCGCACAGACACCAUAUGGGUGAAGACACAAAACUAUUGUGACGAUCGCUAUAAAAAGGUGAAGAGCAAAGUAACGGUGACUGGUCGUAAAGUUGCGAAAGUUUUCGGCAUGAAAAAGUUCAUUGAGAGCGUAGAAUUACUUGUGAGCGACAAGCAGCACACGUUCCUGCUGCUGCAUGCUGUCGAUGAGACACGUAAUCGUAAUGAGGUGCGCGUUUUGCGCAUCAACGAUGAACGCGACGAUAUCGCAGAUUGGCAAACGAUACCCUUUGGUAUGGGCAAGUCCAUGCGUCUUUUCAAGUUCAAAAAUUUUACAGCAUUACUUAGUAGUGCGGUGGUGAACAAUCAACAUGUAGUGACCAUUUAUCAUUUUAAUCCUGAAACGGAACACUUCAAGCUCGCACAAGUUAUUGAUGGUCCAUAUGAUGUGUUGGAGAUGGUGGCUUUGCAACCACAACGUUAUCAAUUGCUGUUAAGUUGCCACAAAUGCCAUAACGUCAACGUUUACGAAUUGACUCGCGAAAGCGUAAGCUCGUAUAAGCUUCUGCAAAUCAUAAAAUUGCCAAUGCGCAUUGAUAAGUUGCAUACAUUCACCAUGGGCGAUGGUGAAUUGUUCCUAUUGACUUUGGGUGAGCAGCAACAGGAUUUCUAUUAUUUGCACAGAUAUGCCUUCAUACAGGGUUGGGUGCUUAGCACUUUCGGUUAUUUCCGGAAUAUACAACUGGCUGUGCCGCUGAGUGACAUGCUAUCAUCGUCAACCGGCAAUGAUUUGUUGCUAUUGUUGUGCGGUGGCGAUGAAAGCGGUAGAUGCAACGCGGUGCGUGCAUUUACUCAACAAUCAUUAUAAUUUAUUAAUUCGCUUAUUUCAUUAAAAUGUUUCUUUGUAAAUAUAUAUGUAUGUAUA